ACCAGUGCGCUGGAGCAUCACGCGUGGGGAGAGCUCCGCUACCUGCUGCGCGACAAGAAAACACCUCAUUAGGUCUGUUACCAUCGAUGAGGAUGUCUUUCCUGUCAAGACUUGAAUUCCUCGCAAUGCUCGCAAUGCAUCUGGAUUAAGUUGGUGCUUUUAAUGGGAGGGCUCCGUAUCUGUGCGGGGGAAAUGAGGACAACCGUCGGUUUCCGUGGAUGAUGAUGUCCCACAAUGAACGCAGAGUUUCAAAAUCCAAUGCAGGUCCCUCGACCAAGGGUCCGCAGUCACCUCACUAUCAAAGUGCAGUCGAAGACAUCAAAAUCAUGGCCCCCUGUUCAUGGCCCGAAACCUUCCGUCGCCCCCAAACCCAGACCUCUCUCUCAGUCUUACCCACAGGGAGACACCUACUAUCAGCAGAGGUUCAGCAACGGAGGGCUGCCUCACUGUGAUGGGGAAGCAGGGGAUCCCCUUGAAAUGACUAAAGAGAGCCACAAUAAAGAGGAGAGAAAAGAGGUAGAGGGUGGGGUUAGUGGCAAUGACACAGGAGGGAAUGACAAAGAGGACAAAGGCGGAGAAACUGUGGUGGGAACAGAAAACGGAUCAGACUUAUUUGAUAAAGAUGGUGAUGUGGACAGCAUAGCCUCUGAUGAUACAAUCAAAGCAGAUGAUUUGAUUGACAUCACAGAGGAGGAAACAACAAACAGUGACUCAAUUAAGCCUGAAUGUGAUGAUCACACUGGUGAUGAGAGUAAAGUAUUGCCAUUACAUUUUCCACCUAAACCAGAAGAUGAGGGCGGAGAAGAGGUAGAGAAGAUCGAAAAAGGGUGUGACUCUAGAGAGCACUUAGAUCAACAAGAAGAGGUGCCACAUCUUCAGCAAACACAUUCAUCCAGUGAUAGUGGUGAGAACAAUAAUUCUGGACUUCAUGAAACAAGCACUGAGCUGCACAGUGGCUUCUUCACAAAUGAGCCUGAGUUAGAAAAUGGCAGAUUUACAUAUGGGUUCAGCAUGCUUCCAACUGUUACUGAGGAGUAUCCCUAUGAUAUGAUCGGUCCCACAGAUGAUGCUAGCGAUACGUGUGAGUCAUGUGACACAGCUGAAACAGGGGACACAGAAGUCUGGCAACCAGAGCGAGCCACCAAGGACAUCUCUGGUUGUUUUCGGUUCACAUCCAGCACAGAAGAUGUGUUUGGGCCUUAUUCCGUCAUAGAGGCAGUUCCAGGAGAAAUGAAUGGCACCGCUGAUCCCGAGUGGAGCCCUGAAGAGGAAGAUAAAUCAUCAUCAGCAAAUGAAGCUGAAAUCCAGGAUGCCUGUAACCAGGAACCUUACUAUAUGUCAUCAGAUGAUGUGGAUAAGCUCGAAGACAAGCAAGCCAACUCAGAACAACUUGAUACAGGGGAGGCCAUGGAGCAAUCUUCUCAACAUAAAGACAGAGCAAAAGACAAUGAGUCAGCAGAUGAAUAUGCAGAUAUUGAUGAUUCAAUCUGCUUAAAAGAUGAUAAUGUUGAGCAAUCUGAAGGUGUGUCAUCAGAAGAUUAUGUUGAGAUAGGUGAUGAGGAUGAGGAAGAGGAGGUGGAAAAGAAACAUAUACGAGUAAAAAGUGCAAAACAGAGGACAGCCCAGCGAGAACAAGCUUUACGCGGACAGAGAACAAGCUGUCAGCCUCGUCUCAGAUUGUGCAACAUCACAGUGCCAGCAGACCUAGACCUGGGCUGCACCCCAGAGCUCACCAACAGAGUGGUGUUUGCCCACACCACUGAGGCCUUUGAAGAAGACAUUGAAGAACUAGACUGCCAUAUUGUGCCUUACUAUGAAGACACAGACUCAGACAGCGAUGAGCAUAUAUAUGUUGAGGUUGGGUUUGAAUCAGAAGGGGAGAACUUCAUGCCUCUUGAUCGAAAAACCAUUGUCACACGAUCACGAUCCUAUUCUGGAAAGGUCUCAAAUUAUGUCCCAGAAACUGUACCAGAGGAGACAGGGACAGAGACUCAUGACUACUGCAUUGUACCUGAGGAUAAGAGCAGUGAGCCUCUCAGCCCCUCGCAACAGCCAGCAGUUAAUUGCAUAACUCCUUCUACGAAGUCUCGUCGCUUCUUGCUCUCCUCUCGCUCUGCCGAUGGUCCAGAAUUAUCCCUUUUCAGCUCAACAGAGAAUGACCAAUCAUUUAAAAAUGAGAUCAGGAUGAAGAGGAAGGAUGACACUCUUUCCCUUCCAUGUGUCAUAACUUCCUCUGGAAGCUUCUCCCAGCGCAGCCAUCAGUCAUCAAGUGGUGUUUCCACGCCAACGUCUCUAGCAGACAUACCUCCACCUUUUGAGCUGGUCCCAAUCACUAAGAGACCUGUCACCAAGAGUUCACCAUCCCUCUUGAUUCAGCAUGAACCAAGUGAAAUACCCAAGAAGAAGAAAUCUUCAUUUAAGCGCUUUCUGGCAUUCAAGUUUAAGAGGAAGACAGAUUCAAAGGGUUUUAGUGAUGGAAAUGUCCGCUCUUCGCGAUCUUCUUCUGAGUCCAGCCAUCAAGGCGUGAGAGUUGUAGAGCUUGAUCGCCGAAGCAAUGGUAGCUCACCUCAGCUUAAGUCCACCAUCGUGAGCCCCCAACAACCUCCAUCAAAUCUGCCAUCCUCUUUUAUUCUCUGCAAAGAUCACUACAUAAGGAAAGGGGAACUCAAAUCUGAUGGCAGGACUAUCUCCAGAGUGGAAUCCUUUGAGGAGCGCUCUCGCCGCUCCAUCAUGCCACUUCCAAUGACCAAACCUCGCUCCAUCUCCUUUCCCAGUGCAGAUACCUCAGACUAUGAAAACAUUCCAGCCAUGAGCUCUGACUAUGAGAACAUCCAGAUCCCAGGAAGACCCACCAGAUCCCACACUGUUACAGAAUUUUUUGAAAAUCCAAACCGCACAACAAUUGCAUCCAAUGAAAAUGAUGGUUAUGUGGAUAUGAACAGUUUCCCUGGGAUUGACAGCAAGCCCCAGCCAUUGAAAGCAGACUCUGAAAGUGCCUACACAGAACCUUUCCCCAUGAACCCAGUCUCUGCUGAGCUGUCAGCAGAUGAAGACCAUGGUCGUACCUCAGAGGAAGAAGAUGGGGCUUUAGAGCCAAGUUUUGACCAACAGAUUGAUGGCCGUUCUCGAGCGUUCUACAUUGCCAAAGAGCUUGUCGACUCUGAGAGAAUACAUGUUAGCGCCCUCAAGCACAUUCAUGAGUACUUUAGGUCAGCGGUGACUGAGGCAGUGGACGAGGAAGGGCAGCCAGCGCUCGAUGAGCAGAGGCUGGGGGAGAUUCUAUGUGUGCUUCCACAGGUUUACAACCUCCACAGCAGCAUCUUGGCUGAGCUGGAGGAGCGCAUUAGCAAUUGGGAGGAGAACCAGAAGAUGGUGGACGUGAUCUUAUCCCGUCGGGAUGAAUUCCGAGUGUUUGACACUUACAUCUCUGAGUAUGAUCGCAGCAUGUCCUUACUGGAGCAGAGCUGCAGAAGCAGCUCAGCUUUUGCCAGCAUUGUCAGGAAAUUUGAGGCUAAGGGUCCAGAAGAACCUGAAGUCCCAAUGAAACACCAGCUGCUCCAGAUCAUUGUGAGAGCGCUUCAGUAUCGAAUGCUGCUUACUGAUUACCUGAACAACCUCUCUCCCGAUUCCGAAGAAUACGAGAACACUCAGGCUGCCCUGGUAAUGGUGUCUGAGGUGGCAGACCUGGCCAAUGACAACCUGAAACAAGGGGAGAACCUGUUGCGUCUGGUCCACAUAGAGUACAGCAUGAAGGGGAAGAGGGACCUUCUGAAGCCUGGAAGGAUAUUCGUCAAAGAGGGUACACUCAUGAAGGUGUCCAGGAAGAGUAGGCAGCCAAGACAUCUGUUUCUGAUGAAUGAUAUUAUGCUGUAUACCUACCCCCAGCAGGAUGGAAAAUACAGACUUAAAAACACACUUUUCCUGUCAGGGAUGAAGGUGAGCAAACCGGUCCUGGACAGUGUGCUCAAUUGUCUUCGGAUUGAGGUGUCGGACAUCACUAUUACGCUCUCUGCCAGUUCGGUUGGAGAGCGAGAGGAUUGGUUCCACACUUUGAGUCGAGCUAUUGCAGACCACGCUGCAGGACUCUGCACAUUUGGUGGUCCCUGCAGUGAGGCCCGUGAGAAACUGUGGAUGGCUCUUGGUGAGGCUGCGCCUGUGCUUGUGCCAGUUUCCCAGGUGAUGAUGUGCAUGAACUGUACCUCAGAUUUCAGCCUUACGCUCAGACGACACCACUGUAACGCCUGUGGAAAGGUGGUGUGUCGAGCUUGUUCCAGGAACAGAUACCCUCUGAAGUACCUUAAGGACAGAUUGGCCAAAGUGUGUGACAAAUGCUAUGCUGAGCUCAGGAAAAGAGGUGGCAGCAUAUCGGGAGCGUGUGAUAACUCCAGCCCUCGGACUCAUCGGGCCAGUCGGCCCCUCUCUGCUGUUUUCCAAAGUCUGCAGCCUCCCAGUCUGUGGAAAUCCAGAAAGAGCGCUUCCAAUCUCAGCCAGGUGUUGCUUAGUGUGGAGGGCUCCACCAUGAGCGGCAGCCUGCAGCGCCGAAAGAAGAGCAAAAAGAAGUGGAAGAGGCUGUGGUUCCUCCUCAAAGAUAAGGUGCUCUACACCUUCACAACCCGUGAGGAUAAAGUGGCUUCGGAAAGUAUACCUCUGCAGGGCUUCAACGUCAAGCUGACAGAGAGGCCAGAUGGAGAAGAAAGCAGUAACAUGUUUCAGUUAUACCACAAGAAAACCCUCUACUACACCUUCAGAGCUGAUGAUCCACAAACUGCUCGCAGAUGGGUGAACGCCAUAGAAGAGGCUACAGUUUUAUAACACCUGCUCGCUGGGGUGAAUAAGCCCUUCUGCGUCCAGCUGUUAGGACUCCUGUGAAGGAGGAGCACAACAAAACUACCUGCUGACCACCAGUAAAGAUUCAGCACAUCUGACAUCUAAAGGGAUACUAAAGGAUAAAUCACUGGAUUUAGAAAAGGCUGUCACCCAGUGGCAAGGAACUGAAAUACAGAUAACUCAGAUUGUCCCUCUGUGAAGAAGAUAAUGCAUGUAAACAGUGAAGAUGAAUAUACACAGGCAACAGAUCAUGGGAGCCUUUUACUUUUCCGAAGCACCCUUUGAACACUGAACACCAGUGAGCCUAAAACAGAAGUAUUUUUUUCUCUUUUUCAAUGUUUUACAAUAAUCUUCCUGCAGAAAUCCACUAUACAGCUAUUCCGAGACAUUUUGAUCUUAUGUCUUUGUAUUUUAAUUUCUAAAAACAUCUACAGGCAUGAAAAAAAUAUCACUUAUUCCAAAGUAAAAAUGCAUCAGGCUGGACCAGCAAAACUCAAAGCAGCACUGUUGCCUUGCAGCAAGAAGGUCCUGGGUUCGAUUCCCGGCCUGGGGUCUUUCUGCAUGGAGUUUGCAUGUUCUCCUCGUGCAUGCGUGGGUUCUCACCGGGUACUCCAGCUUCCUCCU